AUGUUGCAUGGUUACGUGCGACAAUUUAAUGAAGUUAUUUAUCCUGAAGCAUUUACGAUAAUAGAAAUUCAGCGCAUCAAAAUGAAUUUCCUUUGUCUUUUGUUCAUUUUCACACAAUUAAACUUCCGGAACUUUUCUGUAAAAAAUCAUAAUUAUUUAAAAGCAUCUAGCGAGCGUUCGCUGGUUACACAUGAAUUAUUCGUAAUAAAAAAACGAGAUGAGAUCAUUUCAUGUUGGAAAGGCUUAGAAAUUGAAUAA